AUGGCGCGCACCAAGGUGACGGCACAGAAGUCCGCUGGCGGAAAGGCAGCACGUGGAGAUCUCGUGGCAAAGGCGGCUCGCAAGGCUGCCCCGGCGGUGGGCACCAUGAAGAAGACCACCCGCUAUCGCCCGGGCGUCCUGGCCCUCCGCGAGAUCCGCAAGUACCAGAAGUCGACUGAGCUCCUGAUCCGCAAGCUUCCCUUUCAGCGCCUCGUGAAGGAGAUCGCCCAGGAGGUGAAGUCUGACCUCAAGUUCCAGACCCAGGCGAUCCUUGCAUUGCAGGAGGCCGCAGAGGCUUACCUCGUCGGGCUCUUCGAGGAUACCAACCUCUGCGCCAUCCACGCGAAGCGCGUCACGAUCAUGCCCAAGGACAUCCAGCUCGCCCGACGCCUGAGAGGUGAGCGAACCUGA